GGCAACCGGGGCCCACCAGCGUCCCUGAGGCCGGGCGCUCCGGCUCGUACCUAGGCGGCAAUAUGCGCCGGGCCCCCGCCGUGAGCGCGCUCCUGCCAAGCCCAGAGUACUACGAGAGAAUAGAGCGCCUCCAGCAAGGGCUGCGCGACAGUGAAAAGAAGAGACUAGACCUGGAAAAGAAACUGUAUGAGUAUAAUCAGUCUGACAUAUACAGAGUUAAGCUGAAAUAUAUAAAACUAAAGAAAUACCUGAAGGAAAUAUGUGAAUCUGAAAAGAGAGCUCAUACUCGAAACCAACAAUAUUUAAAGCAAUUCAAGCAUGUCGAAGCUCAUAUCGGACACUUAACUACAAGUACAGAGAAGCUUCAGGAACUGAAGAUUGAAUAUGAGACUCAAAUUAAGAAGAUCCAGCUACUCUCAAAAGAUAGCCUGGGAAUGAAAGGUGAACUGAAAGAUGAAGGCAAAGAAAAGGUUGCAGUACCAGCCAGAAUGAACUCUGUGUCCAUGUCAACAGGGUUGUAUCAACCAGCAACAAUCUUUAUGGGCCGCCAAAUGUCAGCCCUCUCAAGCAUUGGAGAUUUCAGCACAGAGCAGGAAUCUGCCCAGCCCACAAAGAACUUCUCAAUUCCCGACCCACAUUCACACCGACAGACAGCCCCAAGCAGCAGAGUGACAGACAGCUAUGUAGUACAAACUCCUAGUGACACGCAGUGCUUAACUAAGUCUGACAAAGUAGAUGGCGAGACAUCUCUUCAGAUUGGUGAGAAGACGCCAGUCACAGCACGGGCUCCCUCUGAGGAGGAACAAACUCAUUGCCUAGAGAUAGGAAGCAGCCCGAGGCACAGGGAGAGUAAUUUAUCUGAAGGCAGAAAGUCUGCAGAACUCCGUUCCUCACCACAGCAGAGAUUAAAUCCUGAGAACAGAACCAGUGAUUUAAAGUGUGACAGUUGCAGCAGAUCAGAGGGAUCAGAGGAGGGAAGACUGACACAAGAGCAUAUUGAAGUUGAGGAAGAAAGUGCCAACCUGCCUGUCUCUGCCCUAUCAGUUUCCAAGCACUGUGCAUCUGAAAAUAAGAGGUCUCCAGAGAUACACUCUGAGGGGGCCGCUUCCCCAGGUCACCUCACCCCUGGGGACCCAGAGCCUCACAGGUCCUUGGAGCACAUGCAGGAAGAGCAAGAGGAGGGAAGUGCAAGCAGCAGCAGCAGCAGCCUCACAGUCUCCAUCAGUGAAGAUGACCUCAUUUUACAGAGCCCAGAGCCACGUCUACAUGUGGGCACCCAAAUGGAGGGAGAAGCUGGGAGACAGCCCUUCACCCUAAUCCACGCUGAACAGGAAAGAGACGUCCACACCGCCAGAAAAAGUGAUGGUGUUUUGCAAACUCUGAGCUCUCCUGAUUCAAAAAAGGCAUCCUGCGCUAGCUCCCCAAGACAAUCUGAACAGGCCUCAGGCCUUGGCUUCCUGAGCACACCAUCCAGCAAGCCUGCCACCAGCCUGAAAGAAUGUGACCAGCCUCUCCACCAAGAAACAGCAGCAGCACUGAGCAAAGGUAUCACAGCAGCAUGUGAAGCCAGCUCAGCCACUCACAGUGAUGAAUCAUUGUGCAGCAUGCCAUCUAUUCUGCAGGAGGGUCCGGGGAUAAAGGACACAAAACCUGCCUUCCGGCUCAGCAGUGUUCACAUGAGAGACCAAGAAGAAGAUGAGAGCGAACAAGAAAGCAUGAGCUCAAAGGUGCCAGUCACAGAAACAAAAGCCUACCAGUUGCUGAAGAAGUCAACCCUUCAGGAGCAUCCAAAUCAGAUGGGUGACAGAUGCCGAGGCACACACGCCAUGGUAACACGGCUUUCAGGUCUGAACGCGGGCAGCAGUGCACUCCAGAUGAAGGCAGUUCACGAAGUUGCUUCGGAAGCUAGUUUCUCAUCGUGCAAAGGAAGUCCUUUGUCAAGACAUGAAGACAAAAAGAAAUUCAUGACCCAUUUGAAGUCAAGUGCCUUCUGGGGGGAGUCUGAUGACAGUAACUCAGAAAUUGAAGCUGCUUUACGUCCUAGAAGCCAGGAUGCAGCCUCUGAUGAUUUUGAUGAUUUUUAUAAUUAACACAUGGUAACAUCCGCUGGAAGUGACGCCUUUAAACUCUGCUUAUAUGGGAAAUGGUGCAGAAACUCUGAGAAACAGUCCUCAAAAAGUUAAACGUAGAGUUAACCUGACCUCAUCACUCCAAGAAGUAUUAUUUCCUAACUAAAAAGUGGAAACAACUAAAAUGUCCAUCACACAGUAGAUGGAUAAACAAAAUGACCGUACAAAAGACUGUCAUUCCUCAAUAAAAAAGAAUGGAAUACUGAUACAUGGAACAACAUGGAUAAGCCUGGAAACUAUUAAGAGAAAGGAUUCAUUCACAAAGACCAUGUGACUUACGAUUCAUGUGCAUGACAUAGCUGGGAUAGGGAAAUCCACAGAGACAGCAAAUCUGUGGUUGGCCAGGCCUGGAGUUGAGAGGGGAGAGGACUGACUGCUAGCAGAUGUGGCCAGUUUCGUUCUAAAAUUGAUGAUAGUGUCAGUUGUACAACUCUGCAUAAAAAUGACCCUGUGCUUUGGAAUAGGUGAGUUAUAUGUUAUAAUAUGAAUCGUGUGUCAGUAUUUUUUGAAAGGAAAUUGAUGAAUACAUUUUGGAGGCUGGUGAAUGAACACCUAUGGGCAACUCUGCUUUAAUGAUUUGUUUUGCAUUGUUUAUGUUUUCUUCUUCCUUAUCCACUAUACAAAAAAUAAAUAAAUAAAUAAACAAGAUUUAACUGUAAUGGUCACUGCCAUUAUUUGAAUUUCCCUCCAAAGUUCAUAAGGAAGUUUCAUUACUGUUGUAACCGUCUUAUGAGGUUAGGCUGGGAAUGAACGCCAUUACCAUGGAAAGGAAAGGUCUGCCCCCACCCUUUAUGCGUCACGCUCACAUGUCCCUCUGAAACGUUGCAGCAGGAAGUCUGUGACUGUGUGCUGGCACAGUGCACUUGCACUUCCAGCCCACAGAGCUGUUACUCUAAGUCUGUGUUCUUAUAAAGCACCCAGCCUCUGGUAUUCUGUCCCAACACAGACUGGCCUAGUCAUUCUACAGAAAAAUGAAGGGAUACAUUAUGGCCUAAAGUACAUACACAGUGGAAGGAUUUGGAAUCAUUCUGUUUUUGGACUGGAAAAGCAUUUAACGAUUACCAGAUCUUCAAACAUGAGAGCCACAGAGACAUUAUUUAAUCUAACAUUCUCAUUUUAGAAAGCUGGCCAAAAUGGUAAGUUAUAUAUGUGCACAUUUGCACCCAUGCACACACACAGUGGGCAGUCAGAAACUAAAUG